AUGCAAGAUCGUCUUGCCGGUAUCGAAUCUCUGCUACAAAAAUUGACGACAUCAAAUACGUCAGUCGGCGUGAAUCCGAACCCAACACACUCCGUACUGACCCGGGCAUCAGUCGGGAGCACACCGUCAGGGUCAAAGCCCACGCCGUCGUCAUCGGCAGCUCAUGAUGAUAUCUCUACAGUAGCCGACCCUGAAGACGUUGAGUCAUUUGAAGGUAACUCCUCGCUUGCAGCUCAUGCCGCAUUUGCCUCUGAGCUCGUGUCACGCGCGGUACAAACCAGCAUGCUCGGCUCGGCUCCCUUUUCUACUCCCGAUCCCAGGAUAGAAGCAGCUCUUUCAUCUCUUCGGCAAAUGGUGAAUCUUCAAACAAAUCGUGGGGGCUCCACUGGCGUCGAAACAGGCUCUCAACACAGCAGAAACGUACAUCGGGGCCGCUUGCGCGACCUCCCCAUGCCGCCCAUGGAAUUUGUGAUAGAAAAGCUAAGGGCACUGAAAAGCGCCCCCGGUCCCAUGAUGCUGUUGGUGGUGUUAUGCUUUACCGACAUCGACCAGUUUACAGACAGAUGCAGACGUCUGUAUUUCAGUACCGACGACGGGGACGUGUCAGAGUCAUUAUUCAUCAUUGUCAACGCCGGGCUCAUGUACCUUUUCUUUGAAGCCUCAAUCAUGGCGCCAGCAAACACCUCUGAAAAGGCCGACCUUCAGCAGUUUUGUACAAUGUGCCAGAACAAUGUCGAGAUGGCACUUGCUCACAUCCCACUGCUGAUGCCGGCAACCAUGGAGAACAUUGAGGCGCUGCUGAUGGCGGCCAGCUUGUCGAUUGACUUGUCCCGGCCGAGCAUGGCAUGGAUGCUGACCAGUCGGGCGGCGCACAUGUGCCGUUCCUUGGGUCUGCACCAGGAUAACAGCAUACGCAACGACAAGCCAGAGCUGCGGUCGGCCAAGAUGUUGAUGUUUUGGAGCACAUACAUGUUGGACAAGGGCUUGAGUCUGAGGCUGGGAAGGGCGAGCGUGCUACAGGAUUACGACAUCAGCAUUCCGAGUGUUCUCGAGGCUACCUUUGGCGAGGUGCCCAGCCAGGCCAUUUUGAGCCUGUGGAUCAAGCACGCCGAGGUGCAGGGCAAGAUCUACCAGCGACUAUACUCGCCGGGGGCCCUCCGACAGAGCGAGCAGGGCCGCAGUCAGCAGGUACAGCUUGUGGUAAGGGACACGCAAUUCCUGCUGCAAGAGACGCUGAAGCUGCUGGAAGAUGUGCGCAUCAAUAGCCAGAGCAAAGACUCCAAGAUGUUUGUAAUCAUCCUCAAGAGCGACGUGGUGAGCUACUAUUCCAGUCUGGCGCUCGCGCAACGCGCUCUGCCCCCAAGCGGCACGGGAAGAAGUCGCACGUUUGCGGAUGAGUGCUUGGAGUCGGCGAGACUGGCCAUGACUACGCAUGAAGAAGCAAUAGCGAUGAUGGAUGACAUCAGUUUGCAGAUUGUCUACAUGCACUGGACAAUUUUGUACGCCCCGUUCAUCCCAUUCAUUGUCAUAUUCUGUCAUGUCAUUGAGACGUCUUCGGGGGCAGAUUUACCGCUACUCGACAAGUUUGUCCAAUCAUUGCAAGCAUCACGGGAGGUUUCGGCAGCUAUAGACAAGCUGCAUCAGCUGUCCAAGGUGUUGUAUAAUGUCGCUCUGCUCUAUGUAGAAGCAAAGACCCAACAAAGCCUGGACCAGGACAUGGUACCUGUGGGCAACGAGUUCGACAUGUACCUCAGCCAGCUGGGCUUCAUGCCCAUGGACGAGACGGCGGCGGGCGCUGGCGGGCUUGGUCGAGAUCUAACGAGGGAUAUGCUGCAGACUGCACAACUGGGCGACUGGUUUUCUGGUGGAAACCAUAUCAUGGGCUUGGUUGAAGAGGAUCUUUCGACUUUUAAUACGUCGGCAUGGUAA